AUGGAAUGGCAAAAGGUUUUAAAGGAAAUGUCACCAUUGAGGGCUGCAGGCCGAUUCUUCCGACACCAUCCUUUGGUUCUCUGCUUACUGCUUUUUCUAGUUAUAUUGUACAAGUACUUCUUCGGCUGGUUUGCCCUCCUUGUGACCACAUCACCCAUCUUCCUAAUCGCCGGCGUCUUUCUUGGAAUCAUCCUAGCUUACGGUGAACCGAACACUCCCGAAAAAGAUCAUGUCUACAAAAAGAUUGAGAAUGCUCACUGUCGGAAUAUCCAUGGUAGUGGCAAAUCAGUUGGGGGUGUAUCUCUUCUGAGAAUUCUGUCUAGCGAAGAGAGAGUGGCCAAGCACAACAACAGCGAGAAGAAAAUUAGGAAGAUAUCUCACGGCGCAGGUUCUUCUUCUGGACCAGGAUCUAGUGAAUCAGGUGGUUCAGAUACUGAUACCGUUCCAAUUCUCCACGCAUUUCAUCAUCUUAGGUCGGCCAGUAAUUCAUCACAAUCCUCUCAAGAUGGGAACUCCAAUGAUAGCAGCAUCGAGGAUGGAACUGAGAACCAAGAGGGAAAUGACGGAAGCAAACGUGAGGGGAAAGAAGAUGUUAAAGUUGUGGCAUGGACUGCUGAUGAUCAGAAGAACAUACUGAAAAUAGGGUGCUUGGAAAUUGAGCGGAACCAAAGGUUGGAGAGCUUAAUUGCUAGGCGUCGGGUAAGAAAAUACACAGACAGGAACUUGAUAGACUUUGGUAGCAGUGAUUCUUUACCCACUGUUGAGGAGCUAUCAAAGUUCAAUGUUCAAAUUCCUGCUGUUUUUGCGCCUCGGAAAAAUCCUUUUGAUCUUCCUUACAAUGAAGAUAACUUCCCAGAGUCUGCUCCAUCUGCACUAUUGGAAAUGGGAAACCCAUUCGAUCUACCACACGAGAAAGCAAAUGAGAGUAGAUCGGCUGGAGGAGCCAACUCAAGCCAUGUGGAACCUAUUCUUGGCGCCCCUAAACCAGAAAGGAGUGCACUGUUUAGGAGGCAUGAAAGCUUCACAGCAGGAGCACCAUUCCUCAGCGACUUUUGGCAAGAUACACGGCCUUCCCGGUUGAGACCUUACUUCGUUACGGAAAAAAUGGCCAAUGAGGAGAUCACCUCUUCAAGUCUUGAGGGAGAAACUAGUGAAAAGAGCAACUCCAAGGCGAGUUCUGUCCAAGACUCGGAUAGUACUUCUUCAGUUACUGAUCAAGAAAGCCAGAAGGAUGUUUUGGAGAACUGCUCAAACCAAGGACAGCGAUCUCUAUCCAGUCAAACAGAGGAACAGGCGCAUAUAGCUCACCAUGUAAGAGAGAUCUCUCUUGCACUUGACAUGGAGCCGCCUGUACUAAUUAGCGACUCCUCUGACGAUGACAUAUCACUGUCUGGCGAACAUAUAAAUGACUGGGAAGAAGCACAAGAGAGUGAAAGUUUUAGUUUUUCACAGAAUACAUUGUUGGGAGGUCCUAGUGUUAUGCAACGCCAUCAAGAAAUAGAUAUGACAAGAAACGGAUUGCAUCAGAUGUCCCCAUAUUCAAAUGAUCCUGAGUUGACAUCGUCAUCAACCGAAGCCACUGAUGAUCCUUUUGAAGUGAAUGACAUUGAACUACCAGCCAAGGAAGUGGUGGUCACUGAUGAUACCCACAUUUCUGAUCCUGUUUAUGAUUCAAGUCCUUCAGGAAGUGAGAAGCCUGCAUCUAUUGGUUUAGUAAUCGAUGAAGCUGUAUUGCAAAAUGGUCAUGCUCAUACUUUUGAUGCUGAAGCAAGCGUUGAAGAAGAGGGUUCACCAUCAAGAAUGGAGGCUUCUUCCACUGAGGUAGCUGCACCUAGUUUGCAUCCUGUGGAGCAAAGAGAACUUGGAGAAAAAGAAACUUCUGAGAUCAGGGAGCAUGCGACUUUUGGUCAUUAUGAAGCCCAGGAAGGUUCUGUCAGUCAUGCUGACCCUUCAUCAUCAGAUAUAAAUACUCAGCUGAGUACUGGGAGUCCAACCAAUGGUAAAUCUUAUUAG